GUCAUGGUGUCCUUCCCAACCCAACACACGUGUGUAUGGUAGGCUGGUCAUUUGGUAAGAGACAGCAGAGAAGUAGACUUGGAAACUGUCGGAAUCAAACUACAACCAUGUUGAAGUCAAUUUCUCGUGCAGUUAGCAUCGCUUCGCGGCUCACAAACAAGACAGCAACAGCGUCUGCCACACGUACGGUUGAACCGCUCGUCAGGUCUGCAUUAUGUUUGCCAAACUCGGCACCUAUCCGGCCUUACACUCGCUCUAUCUGGAUGAUGUGCAAUAAUGGAGCUGUAUCUGGGUACAGGCCAAAACUCUUCUCGUCCAAAGGGGCUCUUCCAUCAUCAUGUGGAUGUGGAGGGCUUCAUACGGAAGGUGACAAAGCCUUUGGAGAGUUUCUUAAUGAUGAAAUAAAAGAGGAGAAGAAAAUUCAGAAAAACAAGACACUUCCCAAAAUGUCUGGGGGAUGGGAGCUGGAAUUAAAUGGCACAGAGGCUAAACUUAUUAAAUCCCUUUCCGGAGAGAAAGUGACCGUUACUUUCAACGUUAACAACAGCAUCCCCCCCAAUGUGGAGGACGAGCCAGAACAAGGACAGAAAUCUGCAGAGAAUGAGCCUGAAAUUGUAUCGACACCCAACUUUGUUGUCGAGGUGACAAAAUCGUCAGCAAAGCAAGCCUUGGUGUUCGACUGUCACUUCCCUGAGGACGAGCAGGUUGCCCAUGGAGAAGGCGAAGAGGAGAGCGAUAUUUUUACCAUCCGUGAAGUUAGCUUUCAGCCGGCAGGGGACACGGACUGGAAAGAAACCAGCUACACACUUAACACAGACUCUUUGGACUGGGCCCUGUACGACCAUCUGAUGGAUUUCCUGGCUGACCGUGGUGUUGACAACACCUUUGCUGAUGAGCUGACGGAAUUAAGCACUGCCCUGGAGCACAAGGAGUACAUCACCUUCCUGGAGGAACUCGAUGGCUUUGUAAAGUGCAACUAAUGUAAAAAAAGGGUUCCAUACAUUACCCCAGUGUAAAGCUACCCUCCCCAACUAAUUAUUAUGUAAAAGAGACAUAAUGUUAUUUUUUAUUAUUGUUGAUGUUAUUAAAUGUGUGCCCUUAUUCUCGGAACUACUCUUUUUGACAAGCCUCUUUUUCAGUUAACCAGUUUUAGCACAUAUUAAAAAUUAAAAACAUUAGAUGUUUUUCAAACAACUGGAUUGACUUGAGUAACGAGAAAAAGUAGACAGACAGAAACAUCCUGAACAUCUUAAAUUACUUUUUUUCAGAUUGAGGUGUUUGUCCUUUUUGCACACGGAUACCUGUUGUGUUUUUCUUUCCUGCCAGCAGGACUAUAGCACUUCUGUUGUGGACGAGAGAAGGAUCACAAUAAUAAUGCGCAAUAAUCUUUGUCAUAAACUUUGUCAUUCAUUGAUUUGUUUUCUCGUUGACAUCUAUGAGAAGCAGUUUGGGAGUCAGUGAUAUUAAGUUACGUCUGAAUUCAUCCAAUUGGCAUGGAAAUGAGAGUUUUUGAGCUAAUUGAGGUGGCAGUCACAUGAAAUGUAAAUCAGAGUCCGUUUUGGCAAAUCCAACGGUACUGAAAAGAGCCUGUUUGUGAAUUGCCUUUAGGGUAGUCAUCCACUGGGAGGCAACAAUUUCAAUGGUAAAUCAGGUUUAUAUAAUUUAUAGCUAUGGCUUACUUAAGUUGGAUAACAUUUAGAUUGCUGGCUGUAAUUAUAUAGAUGAUGUAAGGGGAUUGUCUUGUUUUGUGGACAGAAAAUGUUUUACUGUUGGCCUUUUUACGUGAAAUCAUUGGAUGUUAACCUAUGGACUCGUUGGGAAGCCUAUGUGUUGCAUUCUUUCUACCAUUACAAGAUGAAAAACAAUAAUUGUAUGUUUACAAAAACUUGUGUGACACAGGAUUCCAAAGUCCGUGAGUAUUGUAUUGACUAUUCAGUCACACAAGCAGCAAAGCACUGCUGGCUGGGUUAUGUCUUAAAUAAUUGAAUUAAAUUGAUUAUAUCAGUGAUUUAAUAAACAGGAAAAUGCACCUA